CGGCUCUCGCUUACGCCAGAGGAAGGCCACACGUGCAGCCCAGAAGCCGUCGGGCGAUGCCAGCCAUGUGGGUGUCCCCAGAGCGGGUGUUUUCCAAACACUGACCGAGUUACUGAUAGACAUGUGAUUCUCCCUGUCUUUCCACAGGAAUCUUUGCGUACAUGAACUACAGAGUCCCCCGGACGAGGAAGGAGAUUUUUGAGACCCUCAUUAAGGGCCUGCAGAGGCUUGAGUAUAGAGGCUAUGACUCGGCAGGUGUGGCCAUCGAUGGACAUAACAAUGAAGUCAAAGAAAGACAUAUCCAGCUGGUCAAGAAAAGAGGGAACGUCAAGGCUCUCGAUGAGGAACUUUAUAAACAAGACAGCAUGGACUUAAAGGUGGAGUUUGAGACCCACUUUGGCAUUGCUCACACGCGCUGGGCCACCCAUGGGGUCCCCAACGCCGUCAACAGCCAUCCACAGCGCUCAGACAAAGGCAACGAAUUCGUGGUCAUCCAUAACGGGAUCAUCACAAAUUAUAAAGACCUGAGGAAGUUUCUGGAAAGCAAAGGCUACGAGUUUGAGUCAGAAACAGAUACCGAGACCAUCGCUAAGCUGAUUAAGUAUGUGUUUGACAACAGAGAAACUGAGGACAUUACAUUUUCAACACUGGUCGAAAGAGUCAUUCAGCAGCUGGAAGGUGCAUUCGCGUUGGUUUUCAAGAGUAUCCAGUACCCGGGAGAAGCCGUUGCCACCAGGAGAGGCAGUCCACUGCUCAUUGGGGUGCGGAGCAAAUACAAACUCUCCACGGAACAGAUCCCCAUCUUGUAUAGGACACGCAAUUUUGAGAAUGUGAAGAAUAUCUGCAAAACGAGGAUGAAGAGGCUGGACAGCUCGACCUGCCUUCAUGCCGUUGGCGAUAAAGCUGUGGAAUUCUUCUUUGCUUCUGAUGCAAGCGCCAUCAUAGAACACACCAACAGGGUCAUCUUCCUCGAGGAUGAUGACAUCGCCGCAGUGGCUGAUGGGAAACUCUCCAUUCAUCGGGUCAAGCGUUUGGCUAGUGAUGACCCAUCUCGAGCCAUCCAGACCUUGCAGAUGGAACUGCAGCAAAUCAUGAAAGGUAACUUCAGUGCGUUUAUGCAGAAGGAGAUCUUCGAACAGCCAGAGUCCGUUUUCAACACCAUGAGAGGCCGGGUGAAUUUUGAGACCAACACAGUGCUCCUGGGCGGCCUGAAGGACCACCUGAAGGAGAUUCGGCGGUGCCGCCGGCUCAUCGUGAUUGGCUGUGGAACCAGUUACCACGCCGCUGUGGCUACGCGGCAAGUUCUGGAGGAGCUAACGGAGCUCCCUGUGAUGGUUGAACUUGCGAGCGAUUUUCUGGACAGGAACACACCGGUGUUCAGGGAUGACGUUUGUUUUUUCAUCAGCCAGUCAGGUAAGGAUGACGGGUUUGUGUUAGUUCACCUCAGGGCUCUGUCCUCUUGGUAAUACACCUUGUAUCUCCCUCCUGCCUUCAUGCAGUGAAGUUCUCUGUGCACUGAGCAUAUGCCAAACUCUCCUGUGCCUAUGGUCACUUAACCCUCAGAGCCAUCACUUCCUGUCCCGUGUUAUGGGGAGGAGGCCGUGCAGCCGGGGCUUCUCACCACUCCUGUCGUCCCAAGUCCGGGACUUAAGGGACCACUCACCAAAGGGCUUAUUCGUGUGUGCUGGGUGUAUUUAGAGAGGUGAAAGUUCUUCCAAAUUCUGCUGGUUGAGAGUCACUUCAAGGACUAUGUGCAUGCUUUGCAGUGCCCCUGCUGCCCAGCAGGGGGACACAGAGAGAGACAGCACGCAGGUGUCUGGCUCACCGCACCUUCAGUAAACGCUAAGCCUGGGCAUUUGUUCCAGUUGGGCUGGGCAGAGAGUCAGGGAGGUGAUUCAUGGCCAUAUGCUUGGACUCUCUGUGACCUUUAGAAGGAUUUUUAAAAACAGUUUAAUUAUGGAAAAUUCCAAAUCUCUGUAAAAGUAGAGAUUCACGUAAGGAGUCGCCUGUCCUCGGCAAUGAUUAGCUCAGCAGAGCUGGUGUCAUCCAGAUCCACGUUAACCUGUCCCCUCCACGGGGUUAUUUUGAAGUCAAUCCCAGACAUUGUGUCGCUUCAUAAAUACCUCACAAUGCAUCUCUAAAUGGUAAAAGAAAAAAAAAAAAAAAACAUAACCGCAAUGUCAUUACCACCAUGAACACGUUAGCAGCAAUGCCCUAAUAUCCGUUGGGACUUUGAAUCCUGCUGCC